AUGCAACGUAGACCCCCCAUUGGAGGUAACUUUUCCCGAUUCAAGACACCAGGAUACAAUGGUUAUGCUAUUGAGUUCAGCCCAUUUUUUGAAAACAAGCUGGCAUGUGCUAGUGCAGCCAAUUUCGGCAUCGUUGGCAAUGGGAAACUGUUCGUACUCGGCAUGGGUCCACAAGGUCUCAUGGUAGAAAGAGCGUACGACACACAAGAUGGACUGUUUGAUUGUGCAUGGAGUGAACUCAACGAGAAUCAAAUCGUAACGAGUAGUGGAGACGGAAGCAUAAAGCUUUGGGACUGUACAUUACCAGACUACCCUGUCAGAAGUUGGAUGGAGCAUGGCAGAGAAGUGUUUUGUGUGAAAUGGAAUCUAGUACGAAAAGACGUCUUUGUUUCCGGAUCGUGGGAUCAUACCAUCAAACUGUGGAACCCUGAAAUGCCAUCAUCACUAACAACCUUCCAAGAACACACACACUGCAUAUACAACACGGUCUGGUCACCAACAAAUGCAGACGUCUUUGCCUCCUGCUCAGGAGACCAAACUGUAAAAAUAUGGGACGCACGAAGACCGAGAUCCACGCAAACGAUACGCGCACAUCAGAAUGAGGUGCUCGCUCUAGAUUGGAACAAGUAUCGUGAAGGGAUUAUAGUGACGGGAUCUGUAGAUCAUUCAAUCAAAGUAUGGGAUUUGCGCUUCCCGAAUCAAGAGUUGUUGAGGUUGCAUGGUCAUGAGUAUGCUGUGAGGAGGUUAAAGUGCUCGCCACAUGAUGCGUCGUUGGUUGCUUCGGCUAGUUAUGAUAUGACGGUCAGGAUUUGGGAUACGCUGAAACCAGACAAUAACUUGGUAUAUGUGAUGGACCAACAUUCAGAGUUUGUUCUUGGUAUUGAUUGGUCGCUCUAUGUUCCGGGUCAAAUGGCGACUGCUGCUUGGGACGAAACAAUAAUAGUCAUGCAGGAUUUGCCUUUAAUGCGCUAA